ACUGGGUCUAAGGUUGGAUCCGGCAUGGGGCCGAUUUUGUGUUUGACAAAUUACAGUCUAGUUUGUAGUUUCCUUUUGUUUGUUUGUUUUAAAUUAGGUAAAAGCCAGAACUUCGUCGAAUUUUUUUUAUGAUCAUAGAAAAGGAUAAUCAGAUCCCUGUUAACAAACACUUCCUCUCCUUAAAGCGACGGCAUCGCCUAAUCAGAACAUCACAUCGCAAUUUACCUUCACACCCCCGCCCCCCGCCGCGGCGGCAUACCUUCCUCGACUUCAAUGGCUUCAGGAUUCCACAAGCUCCUCAGAAAAUCGCCAGCCGCAAGAUUCAUCGCCGCUUUGCAAAAUCCACAUGCCCCGAAUCCUACAGCAUCUCUUAUUUUUUCCCAGACCCGCAUCGAACCCACCGAUCCAACCCCGUUUCUGGGUUCAUCCAAAGCAGAGAACUUGACCCAUUCCGAGUUUUCGAGGAUUUACCCCAGCUUCCCAUUUGGGUUUUACCUGAACCCGAUUUGCUCAAGUUUGUCGGUCCCGUCCGAGGCAGAGGACGCGGCGCUUGGUGAUUGCGGGACCGUCUGGGCGGAUAGUGUGAAGAAGAAGAGGAAGAGAAAGAUGAACAAGCACAAGUACCAGAAACUGAGGAGGCGUCUCAGGAGGCAGACUUAGGUUCCUUUCUUAGGUGAGACUUGAUGAUGUUUUGCGGACAGUAUCAGAUUCGCUGACUUAUUUAAUUUGAAAUUUAGUGUUUUGAUGCUGAAAACGAUUAGUUUGUCCUUCUUUUAGGCUAAAUAUUGGAAGAGAUUGGUUGAUUUUGUAUUCUUACCUUUUUCUUUUUGAUCGGUAAAAUAUGAGAAAUUUGGACCAUUUCUCGA